AUGGCGAGGGGAUUUUCAGUGGCGGAGAGAAAGGAGGUUCCCCCCCCGGGCCGCCCUGAGGUGCGGGAGCGGGGAAGCCCGUCCUGCAGCGGGGACAGCCGGUCCCCGCCAAGGGAGGGCAGCGCGGGGGCGGCGGGUGCGGCCCGUGUCCGGGUCCGGCGGGCUGGGCUUUUCCCUUGUGCCUCAGGAGUGGAGUGGGGGCUGAUUUUCCCCGAUGCUAACGGGGAGUACCAGUCGCCCAUUAACUUGAACUCGAGAGAAGCUAAAUAUGACCCCUCGCUCCUGGAAGUGCGUUUGUCACCGAACUACGUAGUGUGUCGUGACUGUGAAGUGAUCAACGACGGGCAUUCAAUUCAGAUUGUCCUGAAGUCAAAAUCAGUGUUAAUAGGCGGGCCAUUACCUCGGGGACAUGAGUUUGAGCUACACGACGUUCGAUUUCACUGGGGGAGAGAAAACCAGCGUGGUUCUGAACACACAGUUAAUUUUAAGGCCUUUCCCAUGGAGCUUCAUCUAAUGCACUGGAACUCUACACUGUACAGCAGCAUUGACGAGGCAGUAGGGAAGAAGCAUGGAAUAGCUAUUAUUGCUUUGUUUGUGCAGAUAGGAAAAGAGCAUGUAGGCCUAAAGGCUGUAACCGAAAUUCUCCAGGACAUCCAGUACAAGGGAAAGUCCAAAACAAUACCCUGUUUUAAUCCCAACUCUUUAUUACCAGAUCCUCUGCUGCGUGACUACUGGGUGUAUGAGGGCUCUCUAACCAUUCCACCCUGCAGUGAAGGUGUCACCUGGAUACUAUUUCGCUACCCUUUGACUGUGUCCCAAGUGCAGAUAGAAGAAUUUCGAAGACUGAGGACACAUGUUAAAGGUGCUGAACUUUUAGAGGGCUCUGAUGGAAUCCUGGGAGAUAACUUCAGACCAACUCAGCCACUUAGUGAUAGAAUUAUCAGGGCCGCAUUUCAGUAGCAGAAGAGUAAGAACAACAAUAGUAAAUCUUUAGUCAGAGAGGGGGAAGACAAUGCUCCCACAGUGCCCGCAGAUGAGAAAUGGAAACUUUCUGAGGCUGCUGCUUCAGUUGAACCACAAAGCCUGUAUUGUUUGUCUUCAUCUAAUUCAGCCUUGAUAGACGGCUGUGGCAGUUGGUCUGUCCACAUGGUCCAGUGAAAUUCUGUGAAUGGGGCUGCACAUUAAAAGAAGAAAACACAUUAAAUCUUCCGAUUCUCACUGUUAAUUAUUUUUAAAUGGUAGUUAUAAUUGAUUUUAUAGUUACUUUGCCAUUGCAUUAAAUAGUCAUCUAUGAUCCAAGUAGUGCUGAUUUUAAGCUUGGUAUGAAUGCUAGUAUGUAGAAAUACUCAUUAUUAUUUUGAAUAUUAGAUUUAAUUCUAUUCCAUAUCAUUUCUUCUUCUGUCAGUAACCAUCCUUUCUGUAGAGGGGAGGUGCAUUCUAUAAAGCUAAGAAAAACAUUGUUCAUAAAGAGUAAUAUACAAAUUCAGAUUUAUUUUUUUGGCAGAAAGGAGCACUCCUCUGCCAAACAUAUACACUUAACAUGGUUUAUCUGAAUAAAGCUGAAUGACAUUUGCAUUACUAGGAACCUUACUGAAAUAAAGGACAGUUUGGAACUAAGGAAUAUAACAAUAAACUGAAUUGUCUGGA